AUGUUGAAUAAAGCAAAAUUGGGAGAAAAAAUAAGCAUAUUAAAAAAGGGAGGGUAUAAUAAUAUAAUAUUAAAAAUAUGCUCAACAAAAAAAUGGGGAAAAUAUAGUUUCUGUUCAUUAUCAAAUGAUAUAAAUGAUAUAAAUAAUAAUAAAUGUCAAGUUGAAAAAUUUCCAACAAAUUUUCUAAACACACAAGAGUUAAAGUUAGUAUAUAAUAAUAGGAAACACACAUUUACAAGUACUUAUGAAAAUCGAAUAAAUGUGUUUCUAAAACCGUUGGAAGGGGAUAUAUUACAAAAUGGUAACAAUAGUGGCAAUAGCAAUAGUAGCAGUGGCAGUGGCCAGGUAGCUAGUUUGGGUGUGGAAGAAAAUGUGAGAACUACAAAAAAGGGAGACAUCGAAAAAGGUAGAGAUAAGUGUGAAGAUGAUAAAAAUAGUUCAAACGAAAAUAAAAAAUAUUGUUUAAAAUUUUUACAAGUAGACCGAUUUGAUGCUUUAAAAAAUAACAAACAUAAAUAUGUGUAUGAUUUUGAAAUAGAAAAUAUUACUGAACUUAGUAAAUAUGAAGCAGGAGAAAUUGUAAAUGUUUUUUUUUGGACAAAAGAAGAAAUUGGCAUUGGAUUGCUAAAUAGAAAAAGUAAUAUAGUAAUAAGAAUAAUAGAAAAUGAUAUAAAAAAAACAAUAAAUGAUACAUUUUUUAUUAAGCAAAUAUAUGAAAGUAUUAAAAAAAGAUUUAAAUAUAUUUAUAAUAUAAAUUUAUAUGAAUAUAUGCAUUCAUUUAAUUUAAAAAAAAAUGGAAAAUUAUUUUGCAAAAUAGUUAAUUCGACUAAUGAUAAUUUACCAGGUUUAAAUGUUGAAAUAUAUAAUAAUAAUAUAUAUAUAAGAUAUGACAAUUUAGCUAUACAAAAAUAUAGUUACAUUUUUGAAAAGGAGUUAGAUCGAAUUUUUACACCCAAAAAUAUUUAUUGUAAAAAAAUAAUUAGUAAAAAAGAAAAAAGAGCACAAAAAGGGAAAGAAUAUAUAUUAGAGCAAAUAAAAGGUGAUGAUUUAGAAUUAAAUUAUUUUGAAAAUGGAUAUCAAUUUUUUAAUAAUAUAACUAAUAUAACUUAUGAUAUUUUUCAUCUUUAUAAUAAACAAGAUCGUAUAUUUAUAAAAACGUUAUCUUCUUCUUCUAACAUUCUUAACAUUAAUGGAAAUGUUGGGGAGUAUAUAAUUGGGUCAUCUUUAAAACCCGCAGAAAAUAAAGACAUGAAUUGUAAUGAAAAUAUAUCAAUUAUAUUAUCUGAUUGUAUAAAAAAUACAAAUUACAUUGAAAAAAACGUUGUGCAUAACAAUUGCAAGCACAUAACAGUGUUGCAUAGAGAAAAUAUUCUCGAAGAGUUAAAUAACAUGCACCUGAAUAAUUUAAAAUUUGAUCUUGUUAUAUUUAAUAUACAAAGCAGUAUUGUUUAUCGAAAAAGUUCGUAUACUAGUGUGUACGGAAAAAGACACUUAGUUUCUUUUAAGGGAAUACAUAAAUAUAUAAAUUCUAUAGAAGAUAUUUUGCAAAAAAAUGGCAUGCUUUUCAUAACAGUUGAAUUAUCAGCCAUAGAUUACGAUAAGUUUUUAAAUAUUGUUAGAUGUGUGUUUGAGAAUAAAAAAACGAAUAUAUCUAUUAUUUAUGAAAAUUCAUGUAGCAUAGAAAAUAACAUACUUAGCAAUGAUCACAAUUCAUGGUAUUUGAGAUCUGUAUGUUUUAAGUUAGGACAUGAUUAA